AUUGAUUUAAAUCAAAAUUAAAGUGAUGUAGUAUGAAUGUCAUCAUGAAAUCUAGUUGUUGCCCUCCCGCCAAAGCGUAGAUUUCUGUAAAGAUCAAUUGAUGCAAAACCUGUUUAAUAUUGUGUAAAGAUACGCGUAAGCGGAGAACUAUCAGAAUAGCAUAAAUUAUGCUUCACUGUAGAGAUGAGCAAUUCAUUUCGUACCUACGUAUAUACAUGUAUUUAAUUUAUACAUACGUAUGUAUAUAAAUAAAAUGGCCAGGAUCAUUUAGCCGUUCUCCAUCAUAUUUCGUUAUUAUCGAUUGAAUUUCAUAGUUUCCCAAUGCUGUUUGCGUAUACCAGUUUAUAUAGUACUUUUCUGUUUAAUAAACAAUUCGCGUAAUAGCUCGAGGUAUAGUGGACAUAUUAUUCCCAAAAUAUGACGGCGAACAAUGGUGGUUGGUGUGGACGCGGUUUUAAACACCGUACUUUUCCCAAAUACACUCCUUUGAUAUGUUAUAAUAAACCUGCUUCGGCACAGGUCGAUAAAACGCUGUACGACGACAAACGUUUUGAAGCGCUCACUGGCGAAAUUGUGGAGACGGUGGUCGUACCAAAGCGCAGUGCGCGCACUUGGACCAUGCAGGCUGGCGAUUUAUGUCGCAUUACUGUGAGCGAGGGUUCACAGGUGGGCGAUGUGAAUUUUUGGAACUUGGAUAAUACCAAAGAACGUUUCUAUUCGGGCAAAACACGUCAAUUACACAGCACACAUCUCAAAGUUUACGAUCGCUUGUGGAGCAAUUUACCUUAUUUAAGACCAAUGGCCACCUUCGUUUAUGACUCAUUGGCCGCCUAUGGAAUUGAUGAGGAUGGCGGUUCAUUGCAUGAUGUGAUUGGUACGCGUUGCGACGAUUAUACCUAUAAAUUAAUCACUGGAAAUGAUCGUGUGGGCAGCUGUCACAGUUCGCUAACGAAAGCGGUGAUCGAGGAACGUGGCUUGAAAGAGGAAGAUGUGCAUGACGUUUGGAAUAUUUUUAUGUGCACAGGUUUCACGAGAGAUACUCAACAAUAUUUCUGUAAGCCCAGUCCAGCCCGUAAAGGAGAUUAUAUUGAAUUUAUUGCUGAUAUGAAUCUUUUGGUUGCAUUGAGUGCUUGCCCGCAAGGUGAUGUAUCUAUAACGGUUGGCGAAGAGGUGCCUGAUGAUGUCUGCCAUCCGCUGAAGGUCGAAGUGUUUCGCAAAAAGCAAUAGUCUUGCAAAAAUGUCUUACUUUUUAUAAGUUUAUUAAAAAAUAUUUGUUAUCAUUAUAAAACACAAUAAAAGUGUUGCAAUUGAUCCAAGCGAAA